AUGAUGAACAGGAAGAAGCUGCCUAACGAAACAAUGACGAAAUAUUACCAAGAUAAAAUCUCCAUGUGUUUUCGUUGUGAUUUAUCUGAUGCCGCUAGUGUUUCGUGCAUAAUCUGGGGCCUACCAAUUUCGUUACAAUCAAAUGCACGAGCAUUUCAAUGUCAGCGUCCAGAUGAACUUUACGAGGCCUUUCUAUGUGCCCUCGAUGAUUAUCGUCUACCGACAUUCGAAACGAGAGAGAAGUUUAACAAAGAUGCCAAACAAUCAUCCAGCUUAGAAAAAAAGGUUAACCCUGAAAUUGAUCCCUGCCCGCGUUGCAAGAAAAUCGGCCAUAUUCUACGAAAUUGUCCAUUACCCGAUCAACGGACUUGCUACAAGUGCGGAGUAAAAGGUCACAUUGCCACACGCUGUUCUACCUCUUCAAUACAUACGAAACCUCCCGCCGAUACAAAUGGCAACGUCAAAGAAAUCAAACUUGUUCAAAAUUAUAACGAGAUUUAUAAGAAGAUUGUGAAGGUUAAUGGUAUUUUUCUGAAAUCUUAUAUAGACACGGGCAGCCAAGUCAAUGUUAUAAACAACCGCAUCGUUAGUGUUUUGCAGCUUAACGUUCGACCUACGAGAACUAUUUUAAAAGGCUUUUCUGGUGGUUUACUAACAAGCCGCGGUGAAGUAGACUUUGACCUCGAAAUUGAUAACAUUCAGUUCAAAAUGUUUGAAAACCUCUGGUUGGAAUUUAAGAAGUUCCGAGGAUGA